AUGGCUCUCCCACUCGGCACCUCGGUCGCUGAGGUCCAAGAAAAGGGCGACUUCAUGAUCAAGCCCGAAAACUCGGGUCCUAAGCUGAACACUGCCGACUGGCCUUUGCUGCUCAAGAACUACGACCAGCUCCUGGUUCGCAGCUCCCACUUUACGCCCAUCCCUCACGGCUGCUCGCCGCUCAAGCGUGACCUGCAGAGCUAUGUCAAGUCUGGUGUCAUCAACCUCGACAAACCCUCCAACCCUUCUUCGCACGAAGUCGUCUCGUGGCUGCGUCGCAUCCUUCGCGUUGAGAAGACCGGUCACAGCGGUACCCUCGACCCCAAGGUGACAGGCUGUCUCAUUGUCUGCAUCGACCGCGCUACCCGUCUCGUCAAGUCGCAGCAGGGUGCCGGUAAGGAGUACGUCGCUGUGCUCCGCCUUCACGACAAGCUCGACGAUGCCAAGAAGCUGCCUCGCGCCAUCGAGACCUUGACCGGCUCGCUCUUCCAGCGUCCCCCGCUCAUCUCGGCCGUCAAGCGUCAGCUGCGUGUCCGAACCAUCUACGAGUCCAAGCUGAUCGAAUUCGACAACGACCGUCACCUCGCCGUCUUCUGGGUCAGCUGUGAGGCCGGCACGUACAUCCGAACGCUCUGCGUCCACUUGGGUUUGUUGCUCGGUGUCGGCGGCCACAUGCAGGAGCUCCGCCGUGUGCGAUCCGGUGCGCUCUCGGAGAACGACUCGAUCGUCACCAUGCACGACGUUCUCGACGCCCAGUGGCUCUAUGACAACCAGCGCGACGAGUCGUACCUCCGCCGUGUCAUCCGCCCUCUCGAAUCGCUCCUCACCGGCUACAAGCGUAUCGUGGUCAAGGAUUCGGCGGUGAACGCCGUCUGCUACGGCGCCAAGCUCAUGAUCCCCGGUCUGCUGCGCUACGAGAAGGACAUCGAGGUGCACGAGGAGGUGGUGCUCAUGACCACCAAGGGUGAGGCCAUCGCGCUCGCCAUUGCACAAAUGUCCACGGUCGAUCUUUCCACAUGUGACCACGGCGUCGUCGCCAAGGUCAAGCGCUGCAUCAUGGAGCGCGACACGUACCCACGCCGAUGGGGCCUCGGCCCCAAGGCUCAGGAGAAGAAGGCCAUGAUCAAGACGGGCAAGCUCGACAAGCACGGCAAGGCCAUCAGCGGCGUCACGCCCGACAAGUGGAAGAAGGACUACGUCGACUACUCGGAUGCUUCCGCCACGCCAGUGCUCGCUGCGGCAUCUGAUGUCGAGCAGGUGGCGGCUGCUGCCACCGACGCCGCGCCGGUCACACCAAAGAAGGACGACAGCGAGAGCAAGAAGAGGAAACUCGAGGAGACGCCAGGCGCCGCAACAGACGGUGAGACCGAGGAGGAGCGCAAGAAGCGCAAGAAGGAGAAGAAGGAGAAGAAGGCGGCCGAGGCGGCAGCGGCGGGCAUCGAGACGCCAAAGUCAGAAAAGAAGAAGGACAAGAAGGAAAAGAAGGAAAAGAAGGACAAGUGA